GUGUGCCUGUGCUUGAUGUGGCGGUGUCCCGGGUGAUGUGUGUGCAUGACCGGUUCUAACAGGAAGAAGAGAGGGGCGGUUGCGGAAGCCUCAGCAUGGUGAAGGAACAGUACCGGGAGACAGACUCCAUCCGUAAAAUCUCGGACAUCAGCUUCUGCAUCCAGACGCCGCAGCAGGUGCAGCAGCAGGGCCUGGUGCACGUGGUGGCCAAGAACCUGUACAACCAGGACCCUGGCCGCACUCCCGUGCAGCAUGGCGUACUGGACCGGCGCAUGGGCACGAGCUCCAAGGAGAACAACUGCACCACGUGCGGGAAGACGCUGGCCGACUGCGUGGGCCACUUCGGCUACGUCGACCUGGAGCUUCCCGUCUUCCACAUCGGCUACUUCGGCGCCACUGUGGCCAUCCUGCAGAGCAUAUGCAAGACCUGCUCGUCUGUCUUGCUGCCGGACGCCGAGAAAGUCACCUUCUUGCAAAAAGUCCGCAACCCCAACCUGUCGUACCUCGCGAAGAAGGCCAUGAGAAAGAAGAUUCUGGAACGGUGCAAGAAAUUCGCCAAAUGUCCGUCGUGCCAGGCGCUGAACGGAGUGGUCAAGAAGUCUGGCAUGCUGAAGAUCAGCCACGACCUGUUCCGCAAGGUCAAGAAGGACGACCCCAUGAUGCAGCUGUAUAUAGAGGAGUUCAAAUCAGUGUUCGAGACGAACCGGGAGCUGGAAUCGCGCGUGUCGCCGGGCGUGCCGCUCAACCUGAGUCCUCUCGACGUGCUGCGACUCUUCGAGAGGAUACCGGAGAGCGACAUCCCGCUGCUGCUCAUGUCAGGCUCGCUGAGCCGGCCCACCGAGCUGCUGCUGACCCGUAUCCCGGUGCCGCCGCUCUGCAUCCGACCCUCGGUGGUGUCCGACCUGAAGGCCGGCACGAACGAGGACGACCUCACCAUGAAGCUGACCGAGAUCGUGUUCCUGAACGACGUCAUCAGCAAGCACCGCGAGUCGGGCGCCAAGGUACAGAUGAUCCAGGAGGACUGGGAGUUCCUGCAGCUGCAGUGCGCGCUCUACAUCAACGGCGAGAUGUCCGGCAUUCCGCUCAACAUGCAGCCCAAGAAACCCACGCGAGGGCUGGUGCAGCGGCUCAAGGGCAAGCAAGGUCGUUUCCGUGGCAACCUCAGCGGCAAGCGCGUGGACUUCAGCAGCCGCACUGUGAUCUCGCCCGACCCGAACCUGCGCAUUCAUCAGGUGGGCGUGCCGGUGCACGUGGCCAAGGUGCUGACCUUCCCGGAGCGGGUCACCCAGCACAACCUGGAGCUGCUGCGGACGCUGGUGGUCAACGGGGCGGACACGCACCCAGGGGCCAACUUCGUCGAGCAGCGCGGCACGGGCCUCAAGAAGUUCCUCAAGUUCGGCAACCGCCAGCGGAUCGCGCAGGAGCUCCGCCCGGGUGACACCGUGGAGCGGCACCUGCUGGACGGCGACGUGGUGCUGUUCAACCGGCAGCCGUCGCUGCACAAGCUGUCGAUCAUGAGCCACCAGGCCAAGGUCCUGCCGCACAGGACCUUCAGGUUCAACGAGUGCGUCUGCGCGCCCUACAACGCCGACUUCGACGGCGAUGAGAUGAACCUCCACCUGCCGCAGACCGAGGAGGCCAAGGCCGAGGCCACCGUUCUCAUGGGGGUCAAGAACAACCUGGUGACGCCACGUAACGGAGAGCUGAUGAUCGGCGCCACGCAGGACUUCCUGACGGGCGCCUACCUCAUCACGCAGAAGGACCAGUUCUUCGACCGCAGCAAGGCUUGCCAGAUGCUGGCCACCAUCCUGGAAGGCAAGGACCGCAGCGUCUGGUUCCAGCUGCCGCCGCCGGCCAUUCUCAAGCCGGUCCAGCUGUGGACGGGCAAACAGCUGUUCGGCCUGCUGCUGCGGCCCAACAGCGCGUGCCCGGUCAAGGCCAACCUGCGCACCAAGGGCAAGGCCUACACCGCCGACGAGGAGCUCUGCAUCAACGACUCCUACAUCGUGAUCUGGAACUCAGAGCACCUUGCCGGGGCGCUGGACAAGUCUGUGCUGGGCAGCGGCUCCAAGAACAACAUCUUCUACGUGCUGUACCGCGACUACGGCUCGGAGAUCGCCGCCGACUGCAUGUGGAGGGUGUCCAGGAUCACGUCCUACUUCCUGAUGAACCGCGGCUUCAGCAUCGGCAUUGGUGACGUCACGCCCGGCACGGGCCUGCUCAAGGCCAAGCAGCUGCUGCUCAACGAAGGGUACCGCAAGUGCGACGACUACAUCCGGCAGCUGGAGGGCGGCCGGCUGCAGUGUCAGCCCGGCUGCACGGAGGAGGAGACGCUCGAGGCCGUCAUCCUGAAGGAGCUGUCGGUCAUCCGCGACCACGCCGGCAAGGCCUGUCUGCGCGAGCUGCACAAGUCGAACGCGCCGCUCAUCAUGGCGCUGUGCGGCUCCAAAGGCUCCUUCAUCAACAUCUCGCAGAUGAUCGCCUGUGUGGGCCAGCAGGCCAUCAGCGGCAAGCGCGUGCCGAACGGCUUCGAAGACCGGGCGCUGCCCCACUUCGAGAGACACUCCAAGGUGCCGGAUGCCAAGGGCUUCGUCGGCAAUAGCUUCUACUCGGGCCUGACGCCCACCGAGUUCAUGUUCCACACGAUGGGCGGCCGUGAGGGCCUGGUCGACACGGCCGUGAAGACGGCCGAGACCGGCUACAUGCAGCGACGUCUGGUCAAGUGUCUGGAGGAUCUGUGCUCCCAGUACGACAUCAGCGUGCGGGACUCCGUGGGCAACAUGGUCCAGUUCUGCUACGGCGGCGACGGCCUGGACCCCGCCUGCAUGGAGGGCAAGGACAAGCCGGUAGACUUCGAGCGCAUCCUGAACCACGUGCGCGCCAAGUCCCCGUGCGCGGACGAGGAGCCGCUGGACGCCGACAGCGUGCUGGAGGCCGUGUCGGAGAUCGUGCAGAUGAAGGAGUACCGGGCCUGCCAGCAGAGCUUCAUCGACGAGCUGCGGUCGUUUGUGGAGUCCCAGGCGCGCGCCGUGGCCCAGACCCGGCGCGCGUACCCGCUGGAGGCGGCCGGCGCGCCGCCCGGCGGGGGCGUGCUGGCGCGGCUCCACCGCCUCACCGUCUCCCAGCUGGUGGAGUUCUGCGAGAUCUGCCGCGACAAAUACCUGCGCGCUCGCAUCGAGCCAGGCACGGCCGUGGGCGCGCUGGCCGCUCAGAGCAUCGGAGAGCCGGGCACGCAGAUGACGCUCAAGACGUUCCACUUCGCCGGCGUCGCGUCCAUGAACAUCACGCUGGGAGUGCCCAGGAUCAAGGAGAUCAUCAACGCCUCCCGCAACAUCAGCACCCCGAUCGUGACGGCGCAGCUGGUCAACGACACCGACCCCGAGUUCGCGCGCCGCGUGAAAGGACGCAUCGAGAAGACCCUGCUGGGACAGGUGUCGGAGUACCUGGAGGAGGUGUACCUGCCGGACGACACGUUCCUGCUCAUCAAGCUGGAUAUGGAGCGGAUCAGGCUGCUGAAACUGGAGGUGGAUGCCGACUCCAUCCGCUACAGCAUCUGCACGGCACGGCUGCCGACCAAGCCGGCCUCGGUGACGGUGGAGAGCGACACCAUCCUGACGGUGCGCGCCGGCGCCGGCAAGAGCUCCUCCCUCUACUACCAGAUCCAGAGCCUGAAGGAGCACCUGCCGUUCGUCGUCAUCAAGGGACUGCCGUCGGUAGCGCGCGCCGUGAUCGCCAUCGACGACUCGAAGGGCUCGCCGCGCUACAAGCUGUUCGUGGAGGGCAACAACCUGCGCGAGGUGAUGGCGACGUACGGCGUGCGGGGCACGGCCAGCACCUCCAACAACACCCACGAGGUGUACAGCACGCUCGGCAUCGAGGCCGCCAGGUCGACCAUCAUCCACGAGAUCCAGUACACGAUGGAGUCGCACGGCAUGUCCAUCGACCGGCGGCACGUGAUGCUGCUGGCCGAUCUGAUGUGCUCCCGCGGGGAGGUGCUGGGCAUCACCCGCUACGGCCUCGCCAAGAUGAAGGAGAGCGUGCUCAUGCUGGCGUCGUUUGAGAAGACGUCUGACCACCUGUUCGACGCGGCCUACUACGGCCAGAAGGAUGUUCAUCACGGCGUGUCUGAGUGCAUCAUCAUGGGCAUGCCCACCUCGCUGGGUACCGGCCUCUUCAAGCUGCUCCAGAAGACCACCAAGGUGUCCGCGCCGCCGCAGCGCAAGCUGCUGUUCGGCUCCCCGGAGCUGCACGCGCCGGGCUUCAGCUAGCAAACUGCCACCUGUAGGCAGCGAUGGGAAGCUGGGGUUCCCAGUUCUGAUACUGCAGCGCGACGGUCGUGCUGUGUUUCUGAUGUGUGGGUGAUGAAAUCAGCGAGGGUUGGUUUGUUAUUGCGUCGGAGGAAAUACAGAUAUGUGUUUUGAAGA